GCUGGUUUGUUCAAGGGCUUUGCCAUCGCUUCAGCUAUGUUUGGUGCUGUAGUUAUCUGCAUUUACACCUUUAUCAUUUUAAUCGAUCACAGUCAUUAUAAUUCAUUUUGUGACUCAAAUCCCAAACUCUGUAAAAGGGAAAAGGCUAUUACAACUGUUAUCCUGGUACUCGGCAUUGUGGAGUGUUUAAUUGGAUGCACAGGUUGCUGCUGUGUAACUUCUUCUGGUCAUGAGGUAAUAAACAAUAUUUAAACUCGCGUACAAUAGAUUUUUUUUGUUGUUCAGCUUGGAUAAUAUGUUUUAAUUUAGUCUCAAAUUGAAGUACAAAGUAAUCUUAAUGAAAGUAUCUUGUUCUUUCUCUGUAACAAAAUAAAAAUAAAUGUCAUGUGUUUUUACCAGGCUAGUCACAGUUCAAGCCUACCCAGUGUUCCUGGUGGUCAUGCCCAGAUGGCUUCUAUGCCUCCUGAAAGUGUUCUCCAGGAAACCGACCAGCCUCCACCUUAUAGUGGUCAUACCCAAUGUGGUUCGCAGGGUGCUGAUCUCCUACUCGUCCCCUUGGACAUGAGUGUGAUUCCUAGUCCUGAGAGUGUUGUCCAGGAAACCGGCUGGCCUCCACCUUAUACUGCUGACACCCAAAAUUGUACCCAGGGUCCUGAUCUCCUGCUCGUCCCCUUGGAGGUGACUCCAAUCCCUCCUCGGGAAAUUGACCCACCUCCACUUUAUCAUCAAAUUUCCACAACUGAGUCUGACAUGUGGAGCUUGCAUGAUGGAGAUCAACCUCCUCCGUAUAGUACGUGUACAGAACAACAAGUAAGAGUAAAGUAUUUUGUUUCAUUGUUUAGGAAGCUUAUUUAUACUCUGCCAUUUCAAAUGAACCUGCUCACUACAUUCCUGACUUGUAAUUUUUCCCUAUCUCAUACUUUGCUUUCUUAUGAUUUUAUAGCAUACUUUUUCUAGAAUUAAAGUUGAUUAUUGGCUUUUUCAUGUACAGUUGAUUGUUGCAUGUACCUUAAUUUUGUCUCGUUUUUCACGUGCAAUUUUUACAGUAUGUAUUACAUGUUGUCUUUGGUGUAAAAUAAAACUUUAAUUUUCGAAAACCUUCACGGCAUUAAACAAAAUCCAUUUUUUUUAAAUAUAAUGCUUUGUUAAAGGUUUUAAUCGCCUCGUGCAUAACCCUUUUACCAUGGUAAAGAUAGAAAAAAAAAUCUUGCAAAGAGGUUUAGUGCCACCUUAAAUUUCCAAGAGGUAAAAUGCGGCUCUGAAGUCUUUUAAUUCCUACUGUGUCAAACUCUCUUAAUUCGGUUGCAAAAUCUUACUUGCAUUCUUUCUUUUUCCCAGCACCGUGUAACUACUUACGUGUGAAGUUGGAGUCUCCAGUUCUCAACUAACAAUUCAUCUUCAUCAUCUACUGAAGUAACGUUCCAAUCAAACUUUCUCAUUCCAACCUUGGCGUGCUAACUGAUGGAAAUCUAACUUGUUAUGUUAUUAUGUCACAGUUUUUCUUCCGCAGCGUUGUUUGGGGUAGCUGAGGCAAAACUACUCAGUGUUUGCUCGAUAAAUUGAGCAGCGACUUCAGUCAGAACCGCGUGGUGCGCGUUCUUACACUGAUGUUGAUGCAGAUAUGAUAGAUAGAUAGGUUUAUUAAAGUAACUUAUUAAAAUAAUCAAAUUUUAGCCGGCAGGCUAAAUUGCUUAAUUAUUUAUAAUAACAUUAUAAAGAGUGUAAAAAUUUGAUGAAGUCUAAAUACAAUUUUGUUAUUUAAGAAUAAUGCCAAUAAAAGUAAGAAAAGAAAACCAAAAUGUCUGACUCGAGGAAUAUUUUAACUGGUUUACACAUUAACUAACAUUACAAUAACAUUGCACGACCGCAGGCUGGUAUGAACGGUUUUUUGAAGCGGCUUGUGCCAAAGCAGGGCAAGUCGUAGUAGACUCUCUCAUGCCUGGUAUUGUAGUAGCAGAAAAGCCAGUUUGGUACUGAUCCGAGGAUAUUCUAUUAAACAGCUUAAUACACUGAUUAUUAGUUAUUAUUAAUCAUUACGCCUAUCAUACACAGCGAAGUGAAAAACGGAAAAUUGUUCGACACGGGUACCACAGAAAGGCAAACGAAAUGUAUAAGAGUUUCUUGUAUUAUAUAAAUGGAUUUGAAUUUCUAAGGUAAAUUUGCAAUAAAAUUUUAGAGGUAGAGUACAGUUGUGAUAGGAGUGCGUGAAUAAGCUUAGUUGUGUUACAUAUAAAUCAUGUAAUUUUAAAAUACCACGAUUUUAAAAAACUGGGGUUGUAGCUAUGAUUCUGAUCACCCGCUUCCUGAGAAUUUCAAGACCAACUAGGUUGCAUCAUAUUUCUAAUUCUGUUAUUAUAGACCCAAACCAAGUUGCAAUAAGAAAAAGUAGAGAAAAAUAUAGGGUAAAGGUCGUAAAGGUUUUGUAGAUGAAUAGAAACCAGAGUUACGAAUUAAAGGGGAAUUAUUCCUACAGAUUUAGAAACUUUGUUUUCAGACUUCCAAUAUAAAAGGUUUAAUCUUUUACCUGAUCAAUUUUAUGGCCAUAAAGGUUGAAUUUUCUACCAUUAUGAAUAGAAAUAGGCAAGUUAGCCUUUUGAAACGAGAAACGAUUGGCUCUAUUUUUAACUGGGGCAUUCUCACAACGCAUGCGCACUCACUUACCCAUGCUUUGCUUUAGUUCUAACCGCGGAGGUCAAAUAAUCAUCUCGCAUAAUAGCGCUUAAACAGCUCGGGGUGGCAAAAAAAAUCAUGACACAUGACACAGUUAACAUUUUCUUCAAACUUUUAUUGAAACAUUUGCUUAAAAAUCUGCAUUUUGGAGCAAAUUAAUAUGUAAUAUUUCGAUUGGGCGUUGCUAUCAUCGGCAGCCCAUGCAAUAAGGAGUACCUACGCGGUCUGAUUUGCAGUCAUCCAUACAGAAUACCCUUGACUGCGGAUUAGCUUAAAAUAGUCAUUCUUUGUUCAAGCAAACAAAGCUGUUCAUAGAAUGUUGAUGUGAAGUGCGGAAAUACAAAUUUCAAUGAUAAUAUGAUCGUCGCAGUGGUAAUUGCAAUUCAUUACCUUUUUCUUUAAAACCUACCGACUCUUUCCAGUAUGUUCUCUGAAGAACGUGAGUACCUACGUGGUCUGAUUUGCAGUCAUCCGUACAGAAUACCCUUGACUGAUUAGCUCAGAAUAGUCAUUCUUUGUUCAAGCAAACAAAGCUGUUCGUAGAAUGUUGAUUUGAACUGCGGAAAUAUAAAUUUAAAUGAAGAUAUGAUCGUCGCAGUGGUAAUUGCAAUUCAUUUAAAGCUGAUUCACUUGGCGAGUGCAGUCAUGCAUUUCAUUUACCUUUUUUUUUAUAACUACUGACUCUUUUCGGUAUGUUCUAAGUACGUGAAAUGUGUGUAAAAUAUUUUGAUUUUUUUUUAUACGAUCGAAGUUACUACUAUGCCCGUGCCCUGCAUCAUUAUUAAAUACUAUAAAAUGAGCCACUCUCCGUUGAUUGAAGUCUACACGAAGCUGCUGCAACUAAACUUUUCAGAUUCUCUUACCAGCAGAAUAAAGGAUUCUCACUCACUGUUAAGCUUUUUUGUCUUUAAAGUCAAAGUAGCAGAAACUAAUUACCUACGUGGUCUGAUUUGUGGUCAUCCUUGGGGGAGAAUACCCUUGACCGAUAAGCUGAAAAAAGUCAUUCUUUGGAGUCUUCAAGCAAACAAAGCCGGUUCAGUUUGUAAGUCGCAGUCAUCCAUUACCCCUUUUCUUUGAAGUCAACCGACACUUUUUAGUAUAUUUACAGACGUGAAAUGUGUUUAACAUUCUUUCAUUUUACCAAGUUAUGACUUCGUAAAGUUUUGAAGUUAUGACUUCGUAAAAAUGCAGAAUAGGACUGCUAGAAUUCUCACCUUUUCUAACUAUGACGUUCGCUCAAGUGUUUUGUUGGAUGAGCUUGGCUGGGAAAAGCUAGCUAAUAUUUUCCCGUCGUAACUGAGGCGGAUCUUUACCAACGCCUCGAAUGUACACUCACACAAUCUUAAAAGUUCUGAGUUAAAUUAUUAUGUCGCCAGACCCAGAACUGAGUCUGCAAAAGGGAGUCUACGGCUACUCUACAGAGGAUCUGUUCUGUGGAACAAGAUUCCCUUAG